GCGGCUAGCCUUGCUAGUUGGCAUGUCUGAUAGAAAGAGACGUUUAGAUGUUGGGAGCGACAGCUCCAGAAAGCGCCGUACUGGUCAUGAUGAGAAACGUCGUGAGCGGGAUUACAAGAACGCAGUCGCCCCGCUGGAAGAUGAAAAGCCAGUGAAAGUUCAGACAGGGGCGCACCUGAGCUCCACCAAUCCGUACACGUUUGCUCCAUAUUCACCUCGCUAUCACGAGAUACUGAGGACGAGACUUAAGCUUCCUGUAUGGGAAUACAGAAACGAAUUUCUUGAGAUGCUGGAGAAGCACCAGAUUAUAGUGCUGGUAGGAGAAACGGGAAGUGGCAAAACGACGCAGAUUCCACAGUGGUGCUUGGAAUUGAUUCAGAACACGAGAGGCAGAAAAGCAUGCGUAGCAUGCACUCAACCAAGAAGGGUUGCUGCCAUGAGUGUAGCUCAAAGAGUAGCUGAUGAGGUUGAUGUUACUUUGGGACAGCAAGUUGGAUACACUAUUAGGUUUGAAGACUGCAGUGGUCCACAAACUAUCUUGAAGUACAUGACUGAUGGCAUGUUACUAAGAGAGGCAAUGACUGACCCCUUACUUGAGCGAUAUCAAGUUAUCAUGUUGGACGAGGCACACGAGCGGACGCUAGCAACAGACAUUUUGAUGGGUUUGCUGAAAGAGGUUGCCAAAGCUCGUGCUGAUCUGAAGAUCGUUGUUAUGAGUGCGACUCUUGAUGCUGGAAAGUUUCAAGGCUACUUUGAUGGUGCUCCACUAAUGACUGUUCCAGGUCGAACACAUCCUGUGGAGAUAUUUUAUACUCCUGAACCGGAGAGAGACUACUUGGAAGCAGCAAUACGAACUGUGAUUCAAGUUCAUUUGUGUGAAGAAGUGAAAGGAGAUGCUUUGUUGUUUCUCACUGGACAAGAGGAAAUUGAGGAUGCCUGCAAGCGAAUAAAACGUGAAGUAGAAAACCUUGGUCCAGAGGUUGGAGAAGUGAAGUGCAUUCCACUUUAUUCCACACUUCCACCAGCUAUGCAACAGCGCAUUUUUGAAGGUGCACCACCUAAUCGGGCUAAUGGUGCAAUUGGACGGAAAGUUGUGGUUUCUACAAACAUAGCAGAGACUUCGCUUACAAUUGAUGGAAUUGUUUUUGUUAUUGAUCCAGGAUUCUCCAAGCAGAAAGUGUACAAUCCACGUAUUCGAGUAGAGUCACUGCUGGUCUCUCCCAUUUCCAAAGCCAGUGCUCAACAACGAGCUGGUCGUGCUGGUCGAACUCGUCCGGGCAAGUGCUUUAGGCUCUACACUGAGAAGGCGUACAAGACAGAGAUGCAAGAGCAGACAUAUCCAGAGAUUCUAAGGUCAAAUUUGGGAACAGUUGUCCUUCAACUUAAGAAAUUGGGAAUUGAUGAUCUUGUACACUUUGAUUUCAUGGAUCCACCAGCUCCUGAAACCCUCAUGCGUGCUUUGGAGCUACUUAAUUACCUUGGAGCACUGGAUGAUGAUGGGAAUCUUACUCCUAUGGGUUCCAUGAUGUCUGAAUUUCCACUUGACCCACAACUAGCAAAGAUGGUCUUGUCUGGCUCUGAAUUCAAUUGUUCCAAUGAGAUCUUAUCAAUCACUGCAAUGUUGUCAGUUCCGCACGUUUUCUUACGUCCAAAUGAAGCAAAGAAGGCUGCAGACGAGGCAAAGAUGAGAUUUGCUCACAUUGAUGGUGACCACAUCACUCUACUCAACGUUUACCAUGCAUACAAACAAAAGGGCGAAGACAUUCAGUGGUGUUACGACAACUUUCUCCAGCACAGAUCUCUGAAGUCGGCUGACAAUGUUCGUGAGCAGUUGUCUCGAAUUAUGGAGAGAUUCAGCUUGCUGCGCAAGAGCACACCGUUUACAAGCAAAGAUUAUUACUUAAAUAUACGGAAGACACUGGUGAAAGGGUUUUUUAUGCAGGUUGCUCAUCUGGAAAGAUCUGGGCACUACUUGACUGUGAAAGACAACCAGGUAGUCCAGCUGCACCCAUCUACGUGCCUUGAUCACAAGCCUGAGUGGGUGAUCUACAAUGAAUUUGUGCUAACGACUAAGAACUACAUUCGAACAGUGUCUGAUGUGAAAGGGGAAUGGCUUUUGCAAAUGGCACCACAGUACUACGACUUGAGCAACUUUCCAGAUUGUGAAGCAAAGCGAGUUUUGCAACGGCUCAAGUAUAGACUGGGAUCGUCGUAGAAGUAUUAAUUGAUGCUGUAGUUCUUCUUGAAGUUGUGUUACAUGGCAUAAAUACAUAAUCAGAAGGCAAUCAGUUCAGAAGUUAUCUUUCUGGAGUGACGUAUUUUAGUUGGUUAAGUUAGAGGAAGGAGCGUGUUUGUAAACUGAAGGAGUUUAAUUUCUUAGUUCCAGCAGUGCGAGAAAAAUCCAUGGUUAGUCUACUUGCAAGCGUCA